ACUGCGCAUUGCCUCGCUCGCCCAUUUCUCCUGCUCAACACCAACUAUGAAGAGUUGCGCUGCACGGAGCUCACUUUCGGCACGGAAAAUGAAGAGUUUUAUCUGUGUUAUCGGCCUUCUACUCAUCUUUAUCCACACUGGUACGUCGCAGAAUGAAGACAAGAAAGAAGAGACACAAGUGGUCUUUACGAAUGGAUCGAGUCUGAUUCUGCUGCCCUGUUCCAAAAUCAAGAGCAAAGAAGAUAUAUGGAAAUUUAAACAUGUCUCAAAAGCAAACAAAACGCUAAUAUGCACCAUCAGUGAAAUUAACAAGCAAUGUAAUUCCUCGCAGUUCAGUAAAAUAGAAGUGGUUGACUGUGAUGAUUUGAAGAAUGGGAAUUACUCUCUCCAGUUCACAGAGGGAAACGAAGAUGCUGGAGUUUAUUACAGUACUGAGGUUCCUAGUAAAAACCAGACAAAGGCAAUAAAUCACCCAAGUUCCUACGAUUCAUCGACCACGCCGGUGACACAUAGAUCGACGGCAUCAGCUUCGAACCAUUCAUCUCCAGCAUCCCUGAUAGUUUCCGUUCUACUGGGAACGCUAGGCAUCAUGCUGGUCAUUGUCCUCAUCGGUUUCUUCAUCAGGAAUAAAUGCGUAUCGACAGAUUCAGUCACGAUUCAGGCGGAGGCGGGGGUGGAGGUGGAGGCGGAGGCGGGGUCAGAGGCGGAGGAGGAGGCGGAGGAUAAUCAGGUCGCCUACGCAACGAUUAACCUGAAUGCGGUGACCGAAACCCAGACGAGAGCCACGCCAUCUGCAGAGAACACCAUCUACGCGGAGGUCAAAGCAAGCCAAUUGUAG